AAGUGGCUGAUGAUUUACACAGGUGUUGCAAACAAUAUAUAUCAGAUAGAAAGUGCCCAUAUCUAACAGUUGCUAGUGGGUGAAGUCCAUCUAGGAACCGAGCUUUGCCAACUUGAACUUUUUCUGCCUGUAAUCUAAAGGAUACCAUUAAUGUUGAGAGAAGCAAUGGAGGCAAAGUUUGUGGGUGAAAGUGAGGGUCUAACAUUCUGGCUGGCCAGACCACAAGACUAUGAGGAGGUGAUGGCCAUAUCACAGGACAUCUAUCAGGGCAAUGACUACCUUCCACAUCGUUAUCACAUUUGGAUGACUGAACGUGACAGAGUGGCCAUAAUUGGCAGGAGAAAUGGAAAGCUGGUGGCACUGGACUCUGCACUGGUGGUUGAUGGAGGGCAAACAGUGGUGUUGGAGGGAUUAAGGGUGUGUCCUAGUGAAAGAGGACAAGGAGUGGCUGGAGUUAUCCAGAGAGUGACUGACAGCUACAUCAAGCAGGUUUACCCAAGUGUAACAACCAAACGACUGACAAGAAGAGAUAACCCAGGACCUGAAAAACUUUCCAAGUUUACUUUUCUGGCUUGCCGGGCUAUUCUGUCUUUAUGUGGAGAGGCUGAGAGUUUUAAAGAUUUUGUCUCUGGGUUGAAAUCAAAACUAGAAAGAACAGAGAAAUCAAAUGGGCCAAACAACAACCAAAAACUAUUUGUUCUGAAGGAUAGCCAUCAACUUAGGGCUCUACUCUUGGACCCAGAUCUUUCCUUGAGACUUCAGCUUCCUGGAGGUGCCAUCAUCCAAGACUGGCAACCUCUGAAACCAAUGGAAAGCAACCUGGAAAUUUUAGAAAGGCGAAACCUAACUUGGUUGGUUGACUCUUUCAAUGAAAAACCAAUAUUUAUGAGCUUCCACACACCACCGUAUCCUGUUCCAUUUAGCGGAGGUUCUUUGCGGGUAAACAUAGACAUGUUUGGUACUGAUGUGUCCACAGCAAGGAAGGCACUAAUAGCACAUUUAGAGCAAGUACUUGAGGAGAUUCAUGGCACUGUCGUCGUACAUAUUUACAUGCCCAAAACCUUUUGGGAAGACAUGAGACAGUUUUGUGAAGGAGAUGAGGGAGUAAAGCAAUAUAACGAUUAUGGGGAGCAACUAUUUCUGGAGAAAGAGAUGUUAUAAUUCAUAGACACACUCUGACUGAGAAUGAUAUAUGGUUGCAUCCAGAAUAGACAGCACUGUAUAACAACUUUAAUAAAUGCAAUUCAUUGAUUUCUAGACAGCUAUGUUGAUUUACUUUAUGUCCAAGAUUUGCAUAUUUUAUCUGUGACAUUAUAUCAGAUUGUUUUUAUGUUUAAUUAAUUUUUAUUAAAGUAAAAUUUACAUUCAAAUGUCAAUGCUCUGGAUCUGUGUACCAUGAGAGUCUGUUUCAGUAACAACUACAACAUACAUGUUUUCAGUUCAGUAAAAUUACCUCAGUAAAACAGCAGCUUGUAAAUGCAAAUAUAAAGUCAACUGGAGAGAUCUGAUCCUGGGAAUUUCAUGAACAACUAAUGAAGUUUAAAAUCCUUUCAUUUGAUAAUCAAAUUUACAUAUGAAAAUUUGUAAUUUGAAUUUUACAAAUUUAAAAUUCACUGAUCACAAAAUGGUAGCAACUCUAGUUCCACCCCAAAAGAAGAUGUAAGAAUAGCAGAAUAUGUACUUAUAAUACAGUUAUUAAUCCCACAUGUAAGUUUUAAUGUAAUGUAUUUUAUAAUGACUGAAGAAUACGCUUUAAUCUCUAAACAAGAGCCAUUAAAAGCAUUAAAACAAUUUUAUUUUUAACUUUGCAUGGCUAUCAUGUCAAUCCCUUUUGCCUGUAGGUAGCACUGGACUCUGCACUGGUGGUUGAUGAAGGGAAAACAGUUGUGUUGGAGGGAUUAAGGGUGUGUCCUAGUGAAAGGAGUGGCUGGAGUUAUCCAGAGAGUGACUGACAGCUACAUCAAGCAGGUUUACCCAAGUGUAACAACCAAAUGACUGACAAGAAGUGAUAACCCAGGACCUGAAAAACUUUCCAAGUUUAUUUUUCUGGCUUGCUAGGUGAAUUUUGAGUAUUUAAAAAAAACAUUGAAUAAAUAUUUAAAUUAUA